UACAGACCUGUUGUUGGGAACCAUAUUGAUACAGACCCAUUGGUAGGAACCAUAUCCAUAUAGACCCCUUGGUAUUGCCAGCAGUGACCUGUUACAUACUUGGUUAACUUUAUAAUUCAUUUAGUUGGUUGACUUUUCCCUUGAACCAAUGUUUUUUCUUUGCUAACACUUCAAAUACAAGUUGCAAUUACAUCAGUCUUUUUUUUUGACAUACAAAAAGCUGUACGUAAUUAAUGUAUAUUACCUGAUGAGUCUGGAGAUGUGUAUAUAUCCGUGAAACCAUUAUUGCAGUCUAUGCCAUAAACUUGUCCAUCACCUCCAAGAGUUUCCUCCUGUCUUCUUAUUUUGUGAUAAGAAUGCUUAACAUAAGAUCUACCCUCUUAGCAAAUUUUUGCGUAGACAAUACAGUGUUGUUAACCUUAGGCACUAUGCUGUGUUGUAGAUCUCUAGGGCUUACUCGUCUCCUACAGCCAAAACCUUGUAUCUUGGACUAAUAGCUCCCUGUUGUGCCUCCCCCCGCCCCUGGCAGCCACGAUUCCAAUCUGCUUCUCUGAGUUUGACUAUCUUUGAUUCCUCAUGUAAGUGGACUCAUGUAGUAUUUGUCCUUCUGUGUCUGGGUUAUUUCCCUUAGCAUAGUGUCCUCCAGGUUCAUCCAUGUUGUAAAUGGCAGAGUUUGCUCCUGUUUUAAAGCUGAAUUAUAUUCCAUUGUAUGCAUAUACCACAUUUUUAUCGGUUCAUCCAUUGGUGAAUAUUUAGAUAGGUUCCAUGUCCGGGCUGUUGUGAAUAGUCUGCAGUGAACGUGGGAGUGCAGAUAUCUCUUGGAGAUACCUGAUUUCAUUUCCUUUGGAUGUAUACCCAGAAGUGGAUUGCUGGAUCAUGUGAUAUUUCCAUUUUUUUAGUCUUUUGAGGAACCUCCAUACUGUUUUCCAUAGUGGCUACACCAGUUUACAUUCCCACCAGCAGUGCACAACACAUACUGUACAACAGUAUGCCUCAGUCUUAUUAAGAGUAAAAUCAGAUGGAUUCAAUAAACCCCACAGGUAACAAGAUAAAUGAAGCAGACUGCUUGUUCAGAAAUUGUUUCUUCAUAGGAAGUAUCUUACAACUUUUUGGCAAGACAUACUGGAUGGGAGAGGAAUUUGUGUAUUUAUAUACAAAUAUGUAAGUAUUGUGUUUCUGUAAAUUUAGAACCCUUGUAAAACUAUAUUCAAACCUAGGCCUUAAAAUAAUAACCCACUUCAUGACUGAACUAGGAAGGGAGGCUGCUCAGAUAUCUUCAGGACCAGAACACAGAUUCAUGUGUAUCGGGGGCUGCACUUACGUGCCUGGUGCAGCCUGGCUGGGUGUGAUGUGGAGGGUGUGGUUGAGACUGGGGAGCUGGUGCAUUUGUGCUCCACCUGGAGAGUGAGGCUGCUGAAUCCCAGAUUCUCUAGGAAAGGCUGGACUAGAGGGACCACCUCCAGGGGUCACUUCUUCUGACGUUGCAAAAAAAUUUGAAACAAUGUGAAGAUCAAAGAAAUCAUGCCUGUGGAUUACUGGUAUGUGAUCUCUGCUGUGUUUCUAGUGGCUUUUUUUUUUUUUGUGAGGAAGAUUGUCCCUGAGCUAACAUCUGUGCCAGUCUUCCUCUAUUUUGUAUGUGGGAUGCCGCCACAGCAUGGCUUGAUGAGCGAUGUGUAGGUCUGUGCCCCGGAUCCGCACCUGUGAACCCCAAGCUGCCGAAGCAGAGCACACGAACUUAACCACUACGCCACCAGGCCGGCCCCUCCAGCACUAUUUUUGUCAAAGGAAAAUAUUUGUGAUUUUGCAGAAGACAUGGAAAACCGGAUCUGAAUCUGAUGUACUAAUUGUGCACUAACAUUUUUGUUUUGUGUUUGUAUAUUUAUGACCAGAAAUGCUAUUUUUAAAAUAUUUCCUCAUAUUUUAUUUACCUCAGAAUUAAUUGGGGCUCAGUUCACACUAGUAAGGAACCCGAGCUUUGGGAUUAGAACUGGGCUUGGAUCUCAGGUCCACCGUGUAUACAAAGGAGCUAUGAGGAUCAUGCUCGCUGGUCGGGGAGGUGCGAUUCCCAUAGCAGGGGAUGUGAUGAUUACUUGCUGUAGUGCUUAUUCUGUGUCUAAACAUCAUUGUAUCAAGGACUUGAACUAUUUUCUGUGAAGUAACUUGUGUGUGUUGUUUUGAAAACUUAAUACAGUUGCCAUUGGAAGGGCAAGAAUCCGUUUUUGAGCAUUUACACUGCUUCGUGUUCUGUGAAGUUUUGAACUUUGGGUGAGAACGGCUGCCUGUGGAUGGACCCUUGUCUUUCUGCAGCUUUUGGUUGAAGCUUGACUUGCAUGGCCCCUACGGAGCCCAUCUAAUGAAAAUAGAGGACUUGGGACCCUGGCGGAGUGACACCCUUGGUCCUGGGUGUCUUCUUUAGCUGUGCCAUGGCGACCCCGGAUGUGAGUGUCCACAUGGAGGAGGUAGUGGUGGUGACGACGCCUGACACUGCAGUGGACGGCAGCGGCGUGGAGGAGGUGAAGACUGUGCUGGUCACGACCAACUUGGCUCCUCACGGGGGUGACCUGACAGAAGAUAGCAUGGAGACAGAAAACGCUGCUGCAGCCGCUGCCGCUGCCUUCACAGCGUCCUCGCAGCUCAAGGAAGCCGUGUUAGUGAAGAUGGCCGAAGAGGAGGAGAACCUGGAGGCUGAGAUCGUGUACCCCAUUACCUGUGGGGACAGCAGGGCCAACCUGAUCUGGAGGAAGUUUGUGUGCCCUGGCAUCAAUGUGAAGUGUGUUCAGUAUGACGAGCACGUCAUCAGCCCAAAGGAGUUCGUGCACCUGGCCGGCAAGUCCACCCUGAAGGACUGGAAGAGAGCCAUCCGCAUGAAUGGCAUCAUGCUUAGGAAGAUCAUGGACUCUGGGGAGCUGGACUUCUACCAGCACGACAAGGUCUGCUCCAACACCUGCCGCAGCACCAAGAUCGACCUCUCGGGAGCCCGCGUGUCCCUGAGCAGCCCCACGUCUGCCGAGUACAUCCCACUCACGCCCGCCACGGCUGACGUGAACGGGUCUCCUGCUACCAUCACCAUAGAGACCUGCGAGGACCCCAGCGACUGGACCACGGCCAUUGGAGAUGACACGUUUGCCUUCUGGCGAGGGCUCAAGGACGCUGGCCUGCUGGACGAGGUCAUACAGGAGUUCCACCAGGAGCUGGUGGAGACCAUGAAAGGCCUGCAGCAGCGGGUCCAGGACCCUCCCCUGCAGCUCCGAGAUGCCAUCCUCCUCAACAACAUCGUGCAGAACUUUGGCAUGCUGGACCUGGUGAAGAAGGUGCUGGCUAGCCACAAGUGCCAGAUGGACCGCUCCCGGGAGCAGUACGCCCGCGACCUGGCAGCCCUGGAGCAGCAGUGUGAUGAGCACCGCCGACGGGCCAAGGAACUCAAGCACAAGUCCCAGCACCUGAGCAACGUGCUCAUGACGCUGACCCCUGUCUCCCUGCCGCCCCCUGUGAAGCGGCCCCGGCUCGCCAGGGCCACAUCCGGGCCAGCUGCUAUCGCCUCGCAAGUGCUUGCUCAGUCUGCGCAGAUCGCCCUCGCCCCAGGCGUGCCCGUCCCCCAGCUCACCAGUGUGCCGCUCGGCAAAGUGGUGUCCACCCUGCCCUCCCCUGUGCUGGGCAAGGGCUCCCCCCAGGCCGCUCCGGCCAGCUCCCCAGCCUCCCCGCUGCUUGGGGGCUACACGGUGCUGGCCUCUUCGGGCACCACCUUCCCCAGCACGGUGGAGAUCCACCCGGACGCGUCCAGCCUCACGGUCCUGAGCACGGCCGCCAUGCAGGACGGCAGCACUGUGGUCAAAGUGGUGAGUCCACUGCAGCUGCUCACCCUGCCUGGCCUGGGCCCCACCCUGCAGAACGUGGCCCAGGUAUCGCCCGGGGGCAGCACCAUUGUGACAGUGCCCACGGGGGCCAUGGAGAGCGCCGUGGCUGCCCCAGGGCCCGAGGAGCACACGGCCACCAUUGAGGUGGCUGCUAUGGCGGAGGGCCAUGAGCACAAGUAGCCAUCGGCAGGGGGCAAGGCCCUUCAUGAGCACAGGGCUGGCCGCCUCUCUUCAGGCCGUGCCCAGGCAGGAACAUGGCGCUGGCGCCCAGUGGGUCCCGUGGGGCUGCUGAACCAAAGAGAGAAGACGCCGAAACAGGUGGAGAGAAGAGAGGAACGAAAAUGCAGCAGCCUGUAGCGUCGGUCUCGAGUUCUAAACUUCCUCCCUUCUUUCUCGGGAAACAUAUUUUUCCACCUGUUGCUAUUAAUACUGUUUACACAUCGAGCCUUGAUCAGGAGGCAGGCGGGAGAGGACGAGGCCUAGGUGCAGCGGGGGGCCAGGAGGCAGCCAGGAAGGGGUGCCUGUGGACCCACAGGGCCUGUGCCGCUGGGGGCACGUUACUCGCACAUGCCUUGGGAACCGUCCCCAAGUAUGGAAACCCGUGGAUCCUAUGGAUUUGGUUUCUUCCCACAGUUUUCUGUAGGUUUAGUGCGGCCGGCACGCUGUUCUCCCGUCUCCAGAACUGGCAUCGGUGGUGCCGCAGGUCUGCACGUGGCUCAGGUCUGGGGCUCUUGGGCACCCAGGGGUUGGGGUGCAGACCCCAGGGGCACCUGCCUGACCAGAGAGGGCCAGGGCUGCGAGCAACGUGAGCUUCCUCUCUCUACCCCCAGGUGAGAAUGGGGACCCCCCCCGCCCGGUGCUCAGGGGCCAUUGCACACGACUGUGGGUGUUUUUAAGUGAAUUGUUUAGUAGGCUUCUAGGAAGAGUCAAGUUUAUAGCAUUUUCAACCUGAGUGAUGCUUAGUGCCUAGGCUUCCCGAACCUGCUCUGCGUUCCAGUGUUUUGUACAAAACAGCUGUUGGAAUGGCCCAUGGGUGACUGAGUGCUGGGGGGUCUGCCGCUCUCUCCCGUGAGCACCCAGCCCUGAGCCAGCCCCCCAGGGGCAUGCGAUGGUGGGUGUGCCCCUGGGGCUUCGGUCCUGGGGGUGGGGGCCUGACUAGAAGGAGACAGGAGCUGUGGAGGGUUCCCACAGGGUGAGGAUGUCCCUUCAGGUCAAGGGCUUAUUAUUGCCCCCUGUGCUCAACCUGCUGGUGGGGCCACCGUGACAGCCUCGGUCCAGGACCUCCCAGGCCCCCCCACCUGGAGGUGGGGCUGCACCCUGCUGGCAGACACUGGUGCCCCAGGACGUUUGGAGUGACUGCCUGGCGGGCUGGGCUGGGGCCCGCUCCUGUUAAGAUGGGGAUCCAGGUGCUUGCGGGAAGGGCAGUCCUGUGAUUUCCGACUCAGAGGAAGAUCAGGCAGGGGGCUGCCUUGCAGGCCGCGAGCUGUCUCCAGCAGGGUCCUAAGGACCGGCUGGGCCCUGAGCAGCAGGCCCCCGGCCACCCCUGGACCUCCUGCCAGUUCUGUCACUGCUGUCACCCACAGCGGGGAGGGGCCCCCAGAGACAAGCCACGCCCCCCCUCACGCUCUGAAGGGAACUGGGCCCUGUCUGUCCGUCCGUCAAGUGCCCCAGACCCCACCUCAGCGGGCCUUGCCCCGCUGAAGUACUGAGGUUGUCUGUUUUGUUUUCUUUGUUGCGUUUUUGUUUGCUGUUUCAUGGGUCACCUGGUCUCAGUGUGCUGUUUACUCUCUUGUCUGUGUGUGUGCUCCUUUUUUAAGCUCAUCUUUACUGAGUCAUGAGUCCUGUUACGCCUGGCAGUGUGAUCCUGGGAGUAGGCGCCGCCUGGCCCGCCCACCCGUCCACACGAGCUCAGACCAUAUUAAAGCCGUGUCACUAAUAAAACUGCGUCUUGCCCUUGGAGCCUUUGUCAAAGUCAGAUGUGCCCGCUCCCUUUACAGCUCCUGCCCCGCCCUCAGACUGGGGGCACUGGAGGGAAAGUUUGGUUCAGAGCCAUACACACGGAAGCCACAAACAGCUUCAGAAUCAACGCCCAGCCCUCACUCCACCCCCAGCACGUUCGGACAAGGGGCUGGCAGGCCAUGUCCAGUGCUCCCCGAGUCCGCUCACUCAUGGACAUCUGUGCCUGGCAGGGCCCCAAGCCCCAGGCUGCGGGGAGGGGUCCACCGUCGUCAAGGAAACCUCAGCCUACAGGGGAGGGGAGUCAGCACGCUCUGUGGGCACCGGCCGGCGCCCACCCCCAGCCUCCUAGGGGCAGAGAUGCGGGCUGUCCUGUGCCUGUGCUCUGGAUGCCGGGAAGGCAGGUUCGGGUUUGGUUUUUCCCAUUGGUGCUCAGAGGCAGACUGGGGAAGGGAAGCAUCUGAGUUCUACUUUGUAUGUUGUUUUGCAGGUAUCCGCUUGGUACUUGGAUUUAAAAUAAAAACAUUUUUCAUAA